AUGGCCUCAAGUCAGCUUGCAAUGUACGCAAUUGCACACAACAUCAAAACUCCGUCAUUGGUUGAACUGCAGAUGAUGUUGGGCUUGGGAGCCCGGAAGCACGACUACCGAAGAUCGCGAAAAGCUCUUGGCGAUCGUAAACCUCGUCAGGCUUACACAUCACAACAACUGGAGAAGUUGGAGUGCGAGUUUCAGUGUGACAAAUACCUCAGUGUACAGAAAAGGAUUCAGCUAUCACGCAGUCUGAAUCUGACCGAGACCCAGAUCAAGACAUGGUUCCAGAACCGAAGGACCAAGUGGAAGAAACAGUUGACCACAUCAAUCCGCGAAUUCUAUCGUGAUCGAGUUGUUAGCUCGCUGGGUGUGCUGCCUGGCCUCGAAUCCUCUUUCGCUUCUUCUUCACUUGCCCUCAACCCCAGUGAUGUCCCAUGUAAUUACAAGUGA